CUAAGUUGGGGAGUCCUAUCUACAUUCAUUUUAUUAGGAAUUAUCAACCAUUUUGUAACUAUAAGAAUGGAUGUACACACUGAGCUUAUGGGUGCCGAUAUAAUUGAGCAUUCAAUCAAACAUGGAAAUAUAGGAGUUUCUCGAGCAAUUUCAGCCUUUCGUUCAAUUCUGGAUACUUCGGAAAUAGAUCAAUUAAAAACAGUUGGUACAAAUCCAGAGCAUCAUAACCACGUGAAUACUGUCAAAAAUUUGAUACAGAAGAAAAGAUACCGGUUAUCCAAAGUACUAACAGAUAUCACAGAAAAUAGGAACAUGGGAAUCAACAUUUCCAAGAAAUUAUUUUCCAAAAAGAAAAUCGCAAAUGUGGCUAGAAACCACUGUAUUCCAAGAACCGUGCAACACAAUCCAUCUUCUCAACUUUCUUGGCACCAAUAAAAUUUUUAUUGAUAU